UGAGGGGGGUGGGGACAGUGUUGAUAAAAGGCACUAGAGGCAGCUCCCACACCCUUCCUCAGAACUGCUGCCCACAUGCAGCCCCGGACACAGCCCCUAGCCCAAACCCUACCCUUCUUCCUCGGAGGGGCCCCUCGAGAUACUGGGCUGCGGGUGCCUGUCAUUAAGAUGGGCACAGGGUGGGAGGGCUUCCAGCGGACCCUGAAGGAAGUCGCCUACAUCCUCCUCUGCUGCUGGUGUAUCAAGGAACUCCUGGAUUAAUGGUGGCAGGGAACUGCCUCCUCUCCCCACCAGCACCAUGGCUGGCAUCGCUCAGGUGGGCAGGGUAGAGUAAACAGGAGGCAAAGCUGCAGCCUCUGUGGCAGAGCUUGCCUUAGCUUCUCAUUCUCUUCUUUAGCCCCCAGCCCAAUUGCCAUCAAGACUCCUGAGGCCAGCUGUGCUUGACCAAGGAUGGGCCAUAAACAAUGAGUAAAGAGUGAAGUGUGGAUCCUGCUUUGAGCUGUGUCAUCUAGCAGACCUGCCUCAUCUCUGAGCCUCCUUCAUUCCCAACCCCUGCCUCUGGUGGAUCUCUGGUGGGCAGGAGCUUGGACUGCUCUGGCUAGAACCCCCGUAAGAUUGUGGCAAGACCUGGCACUCUUCCAAGCUUGGCACAGUGAGCCCACCAGCUCAGAUGGUUGAUCUUACCAUACCCUCGUAGUACCAAGAAUGGACUGCUCCCUAAGAUAUCUGUUUGAGAAUCACUGAAUUAUAAAUAUAAUCCAUAGGCCUUGAGGCCCAAGAUUCUAAAUGUCUAAAGGGGAAGCAGAAAAAGUCAGCACUAGAACGGUCUGGGAGCCAGGGUGCAGACCAGGGAGGGAAGGAGCUUGUCCUGAAUAGAACCGAGAUUGAA